AUGAGCGCGAGACAGCACGAGUUGUACGACAAAGUCAAGAAUGCGAAUGAACGGUUCUUACAGCAGUGCGAGAAUAUUGACGAUGCCGGCGCACAAGCGAUUGCUGAGGGACUCAAAGGCAACUCGAAUAUAACGGCACUCUCUCUGGGUUGGAAUCAAAUUGGUGAUGCUGGAGCGCGGGCGAUUGCUGAGACGCUCAAACGCAAUAUGACGGUAACUGAACCCGCGCGGGCGAUUGCUGAGACACUCAAAGUGAACAGGACGGUGACCGACCUCGGUCUGAGUGCGAAUCAGAUUGGUGAUGCUGGGGCACAAGCGAUUGCUGAGACACUCAAAGUGAACACGACGGUGACCAACCUCGACCUAUGGCAGAAUCAGAUUGGCGAUGCUGGUGCCCAGGCAAUUUCUGUGGCACUCAAAGUGAACAAGACGUUGAUCAAGAUCGAUCUGAAUGGGAAUCAGGUUGGCGAUGCUGGAGCACAGGCGAUUGCUGAGGCGCUCAAAGUCAACACGACGCUCGCUAACCUCGGUUUGCACAAUAAUAAGCUUGGCGAUGCUGGAGCGACUGCGAUUGCUGAGGUACUCAAGGUAAACACGACCUUGAAAGCGCUCGGUCUAAAUGAGAAUCAGGUUGGCGAAGCUGGAGCGCAGGCCAUUGCUGAGGCACUCAAAGUGAACAAGACCCUGACUUGUCUCUUCCUCAAGCAGAAUCAGAUCGGCAAUGCUGGAGCGCAGGCAAUCGCUGAAGCACUCAAGGUCAACACAGGGCUGAUUGUGCCCUGUUUGCGUGAAAAUGAGAUUGGUAAUGCGGGAGCGCAGGCGAUUGCUGAGGCACUCAAGGUGAACUCGACGCUGUAUGGCCUCUUUUUGGGAAACAAUCAGAUUGGCGAUGCCGGAGCCCAGGCGCUUGCCGAAGCGUUCAAGGUGAACCAGAAGCAGGUGGAUAUUUUUCUGGAGCGGAAUUGCAUUAGCAAUACUUGCUCUGAAGCAAUCAAUACACGCAGGGACCAUGAUGAACGGGGACCUUACAUUUACGACCAGGUCAAUCCUCUUGCAUUCUCCUUACUUCCACGCUUUGCUACCGCUGACGACCUUCAGACCGUAUUUUGCUUGCUGACCGGCGAACCGGCGCUAGAGGAUCAGUCCUCACUUCUACCAGCAUUACCCGCCGAGAUUGCCGACAUCAUUAUGGACGAAGCGCAAUCCUGGCAAGGCGUGCAGCAUACCAAACGAGACUGGUGCGAUGACCGUCCUGUCAAGGUCACAGUGCCUCAAAGCAUCUAUGGAAAUUCGACCCGUGUGAAAGCAAUUCAAGUGGUUCGGGACACGAAGAAACUUUACCACCGCAUCGGUGACAACGUCUUUGACUUGAUUGUUCGAGAUGAGCAAGGUACUGUUCAAUAUGAAUACGCGGCGAAAGCGACGUUUGUCGAUUCUACGCUCGUAUCCGCGACGCUCUGGCCAGCGAGUACUCCUAUUAUCAGGCAGAUCCGUGUGGGUUGGCAAGUUCAGGUUCAACCCAGCAAGUCUGCCCGAGAUGUGCUAUCGCCCCCGCCUGCACCUCCUGAUGCUUUUACCCGGGUGGACGGCUUGCCUGACAACACGCUGGCCACGCGUUUGGCCACGCGGUUGGGCACGCGGUUGGGCACGCUGUUGGACUCGAGCACUCGGACGGCUGCUGUUGUCGAUGCUGGCGCUGUUGUCGAUGCUGCUGUUGUCGAUGCUGCUGUUGUCGAUGCUGCUGUUGUCGAUGCUGCUGUUGUCGAUGCUGCUGUUGUCGAUGCUGCUGUUGUCGAUGCUGGCGCUGUUGUCGAUGCUGCUGUUGUCGAUGCUGCUGGUUUCGAUGCUGCUGGUUUCGAUGCUGCUGUCGUCGAUCCCGAUAUCAUUGUAGUCUCCACUUAG